AUGAUAAAAGAUUAAAAUGAUAUAUAUUACGAAUUUAAAAAACGUCCAUAAGGCAAAUAAUUAUCAUUUAAUGAAUUUGCUUAACUACGUGAAAUCGAUUGUAAAUAUUUUAAAAGCGAUCCAAUUUUUUUAGAAUUAUUAAAGCAAUAUUGUCAAGAUAGUAAAUUUUAAAUAAGAGUAUGUGAAAAAUCAUUUAUAUUAACAACUAUUGUACCUCUAAUGAAUAAAUAUAACCCUUUAGAUGUAAUAGUAGCUGCAUCUUAAUGUUUACAGUUAUUAAGUUAAAAUAUUGAAACACACGAAAAAAUAUUAAAAUCGGGAGCUUUAAAAACAAUUGCAAUGCAUAUAAAAGAUAAUAUAUAUUUUGAAUUAACAAAAAGUUGUAUAUAAAUAUUAAGUAAUUUAUGCCAGGUAGUAUCUAAUUAUUCUGAAAUAUUAUAGAAUGUAUUACAUAAGUAAUUAGUUUGUAAAUAUUUAGAUGUAGUAGAUUAUGAAACAUAAAAAUAUAUUUUAUAAAUAUUAAUUUCUAUAUGUAAGAAUGUAAAGGGAAAUUAUUAUUAUUAAGAUAUGAUUACUAUUCUUUCCAAAAAAAAAUAUUGUUCACCACUUGCUAGAGCUAUUGUUUCUCCAAAUUAAGAAGUUUGUUUUCAUAGUAUUUAACUUUUUAUUUUAAUUCUUAAUUAACCUUAGCAUAUAUAAAAACUUAUUAAAUAUGAUAUACCUCCAAGAGUUCAUUAAGCAUAUACAAUGUGUAUAUAAAGUCCUAUUAAUAAUUCUGUUAUAAGGAUUUUAUUAGAAAUAAUUGAAAAGAUGCUACUGUUCCCUGAAUAUAAUAAAAUAAUUACUGAAGAAAAAUAUAUAUAAAUGACAAAAGAUGUUUAUAUUAUUGAUAAUUAAGAAAUAAGAUAAUUAUCUCUUUCUUGUCUUAGUAUUUUUUGUGAAAAUUUAGAAACAUAAAUUAAAUUAAUAUAAAUGGGAAUUUUAAAUUUAAUGUGUGAUAUUUUAAGGGAAAAUAAAGAUAUAAAAUAAAGAAGAUUGGGUCUAAAAUUUAUAAGUCAUUUAUCUCAAAAUCACAAAUGUAUUUAAUUGUUAAUAAAUUAAGGAAUUAUAGACUUACUUAUUAUUUAGUUAAAUAAUUAAGACUAAGAAAGUAGAAUUUCUAGUGUUAUUACAAUCUCAAAUUUAUCAGGUGCACCUAAUUUUCAUAAAAAGCUAUAAAAUAUAAAUAUUAAAAGUCUUAUUCAUAUUUUUGAAUCAUCUGAAACUAAUAUUAACGUAUUAAGAGCUGCGGCUAAUACUUUAGCAAAUAUUUCUCUUGAUUAGGCCUAUUAAUCUUAUUUCCUUAAAGAUCCGGAAAAAAGCAUACUUUUAAGAAUUGUUAAACAUUAAGAAGACAUUUAAUUAUUAAUGUCUAUAGUAAUAAUAUUUUCAAAUAUAGCUAGUAAUUUAUAGUUGAAUAUUGUUUCGAUUGAGUUAUUAGAUAUUUUUAUUGAUCUAUAUUAUAAAAAUAAAGUAAUAUUUUUAAAUUCUAAUUAUAUAAAAUAUUUUUUUUUAUUUUUUUAGUUUACUUAAAUUAUUGGUUAUAUAGCAAAAGUUAUUUCUAAGUUUUCUUUUGAUACUGAAUGUAGAAAAAUUAUUAUUUAAAGAAAAUUAACUAAAUAAUUUAUUGAAGAUAUUUAUCGUUCAAAUAAUCAUAUUAAAAAAUAGUUAUUAAUAUCAAUAAUGAUAAUGAUUCAUUCAUCAUUUGAAAUGCAAUAAGAAUUCAUAGAAUCUGAAGGUAUAGAAUGCCUUUUAUUUUUUUUAAAUGUUUCAAAUAAUUUCUAGAUAUAUUUAUCAUUUAAAUGCUUUACAUUAUUAAGUAGAUUCGAAAAGAACAUUCAUGCCAUAGUAGAAGAUGAUAUAUGUUCAAUGAUUUCAAAAAACGCUUUAAUUCGUGAAAGGCGUAUUUUAAAAGAAGGCAUCCGUUUUUUUAUAAACAUAAUAAUAUACAAUAAAUUCAAAAACUCAAUAAUAAACAGAUUAUGUUGGCUAAUAAAUGAAGGCUUAAGAAAUAAAGACGAUCCUGAAUGUUUAUAAUUAAGUUUAUUCGCAUUAGUAUUAAUAUCCGAAAAGCCUAAAUUUCACCAAAAAUUAUUAUACCAUAAUACUUUAUUACAUAACCUAUCUAUAUAAACAGAAUAAAAUCUUUAAUAAUUUAUAGACUUGUACUCUAAAAUAAUGAUGAAUUUGUCUUUAAAUCCUGAAUGUCAUUUAAUUUUGUUAGAAAAGGGAUUCGUAAGACUAACAAAUGAGAUAAAUUAAAAAUGGUGUCAAAUAAAUAAUUAAGAAAGCCAAAAUUAUGAGUAAUAAGUAAAUAUGCAUUCUUAUAUUUUAACUUUUGCGUGUUAAAUGCUAAAAAUAGAAAAUAUAAGUGUGCAUAUUAAAAAACUAUUUGAUUAAGGAAUUAUAUAAAUUCUAAACAUUGUACUAUAAAGAAGUUAUGAAUUUAUGUUUUAUGAAAUUGUAGAGGCUUUUAAUAUUAUUUUGGCUGAAUCUGAUGUCUAUCCAACUUCGGUUUUUUAAACUAUAGAAAAAUUAGCUGAUCAUACUUAUAUGAAAUAAGAUGAUGAAACAGUCUAUAUUAGGGUUUAUAUUUUAAUGUCUUUAUCAAAUAAAAAAGAAAGUUAAGAGUAUUUUAAAGAUAGUAAUAUUGUAAAACUUAUUAAACAUAUAAUUUAAGAAUAAUAGAAGUGGAGUCAUAAUAUUAUUCCCAAUUGUUGUACUAUACUUGCUAAUAUUUCAUUAUAACCAAAUUUACUUAAAUAAAUUUUAGAAGAAAAUCUUAUUAAUUUAAUUUUUUAAAUAUGGAGUGAAAAAAGAAUUAUAUCAUUUACUGAUUUAGUAAAAUUAUUAGCUUAAAUUACUUCUUUACCAUAAUUUAAAAGCUCUUCUCUUGAUGAAAAUAUUUAUCCAUUUGUUAUAGAUUUCCUAUAUUAAUAAAUAUCUGAACAAAAACCUAAUAAUUCCUUAAUUAGUGCAAGUCUAUUAUGUGUCCUAAACAUGACCAAAAACGAUUUCGGUUUAACUUAAGCUAUAACUUAAUCAAAAAUAAUACAUUUAAUAAAAUAAAUAAUCCAACUUAUAAAAAAAAGCUUUUAUAAUUAAUUAAUGAUAUGUGUAUUAAUGGUAAGUAAUCUUCUAAUUGACCCAGAACUCUCUAAAUAAAACCAGGAAGAAAUAAUCGAAAUUCUACGCUGUAUGAAAAAUAAUGUAAUCCAUACAAAAUUCUAAAACCAUCAAAUAAAUACUGGUUUUUUAAAAAUCCUUCAUAAUCUAGUAAUCUAAAAUUACUCUAUGGUAAAAGAAAAUGAAAUAAAAAAAUGCAUAGAACUCUGUUUUUCCCUUUUUUAAGAAAGUACAGAUGUAAAUUUACUUACUUAUAUUUUAAAUAUAAUGAACCAUUUAUUAUAAGAGAAAUAAUUCUUCGAAUAAUUCAAGGAAAACCAGUAAUCUAUGAAUAAACUUUCCGACUAAUUUCUAUCCACAAUAAUAAAUCCAUAUAGUUAGGAUUCUAAACUAAGAUUUUCAUUAUAUACGUUUCUUACAAACUUAAGUUUUUAUGAAAACAAUAUAGAGUUUUUCGAGAGUUUCAUUAAUCUAGAAGAAUUUCUUUAGAAAUUCCGCAAUUUAUACUCAGCUUCCAAAAGGGAAGAGCAGGAAGCUUUAUUAUGUUUUUUAGCUAAUUUAUGUAAUAUAAAAGAGAUAUAGACCCUCCUUUUGAAAUAUAAUAAAACCCUAUAUAUAAUAAAAGAAGUAUUAAUAGAACAUCGAUUAGAUAAUCUAACUUAUACUUCAAUUAGACUAUUGGCUAAUUUAUCGUCUAAUACAGAAUUUCACUAUUUUAUAGCCUAAGAAGAAAUUCUAAAGAGUCUAAACAUGAUAUUUUUUCAUACCAAAACUAAGGUUUUUAUCAAAGAAAAAAUCCAGUCUUUACUUUCUAAUGUCACUUUUACAAAAUAAACACACGAAAUUUUAAUAAAGAACGAAUGUAUAAGGAUUUUUGAACUAAUAUUACAUAGAGAGAGCAAAAUAUAGGAAAUAAGUCAGAAACAUAUGCUAAAUUCCAUGAUAUAAUUAGGUUUAAAUCCUAAUAAUUUCAGUCUAAUUGAAAACUAAGUUAAUAUGGUUAAUUCAUUAUCUAUGGUAAAUGAAUGCGAGAAGCCUUUAUAGAUAAAAUUAUUAAAAGCAGCUACUAAUUAUGUAGUUUCUUUAAAUGAGAACAUAAUGAUGUAUGAUAAAUAUAAUAAUAAUAAUGAAAGUAUUUAGUCUCAAAUAGAAAAUAAACUUGAUAUUUCAAGGGAAAUUAUUAGUUGUAUUAAGAGUAAUUUAGAGAGUAAAUCUUCUUAUUUUAUUAAUUCGUCAUAUUAUAUUCUUAAUAUGUUGGUUAAAUGGGAACAUUUUCCUAAAAUUAUGAUAGAUUAUACAAGACUUACGGGGUCAAUAAUUAAUAUUAUUAUCUAUUUUGAUUAUUUAGAAAUGAAAAUUAUUUAUUAUUAGAUUUUAAAAGAUAUUACUUCUAAUACUGCUUUUUUUAAUAAUAAUACAGCGAUAGUUGAAUAACUUAAUAAAUUAUAUAAAUUUAAUAAUUAAAUUUUAUAAAAAUUAGAUUAAAAUCCCCCUUUAUAAAUUAAGGAAUCUAAUAGAAUUAGAGCUGAAAAUUUUAUUGUUUGUUUUUUAUAAAUAUUAUCUAAUUGCUCCAUAUUUGGUUAUUAAAAUGAUGAUUUAAUAAAAUAUUUAAUAUCUCCAUAAAUAGAAGAACAUAUAAUACAUGCUUUAAUAUUCGGAAAAAAUUAAAGUUAUAAUAUAUUAUGUUAAAUUAUUUGUACGUUAUCUAAUUUUUAUUAAAAUGAAUUUAUUUUAAGAUAUUGUUACUCUUAUUCGAAUCUUUUUGAUUAAUUAUAUGUAAAUUAUAGAAAAUAUAUCAGAUUUAAUAGCGAAUUUGAAUAUUAUAUUGCAUCUUUAAUUAAUGUAGUCUUAAAAAGUGCUUUUUUUAAUCAAAACAAGACUGGUUUAUAAUAGUUUUUUUCCAAAAACACUGAUCUUCUAGCUACUUAAUAAUAACUUUUAAAAAGCGGUUCCUUAAUUUCCAAUGACAGUGAAUCUAAAAGCAUAAUCUCCUACAAUGAAGAGAAUAAAUUUAUGUUUUCGUUCUUUUUAAUGAUCUUAAAACGCGGUAGUAAUCGCCAAAACAGUGAAAUAAUAACAAAUACGACUUAAUAAGGCGAAAAAUCGACACUUUAUUGCAUUGCAAAUCUGGCUUAUUACGAAGUGAACCAUAAAAUAAUAUUCGCGACAAAAAUUCCUGAAUAUUUAUUCAAGUUUUUGGCAAAUGAGACCUGUAUUUAGCUUAUUUAUUACCAAUAAGCAAUUGUUGCUUUUCUUAAUUUGGCACGAAAUAAAGAAAUUUAUAAAAGAAUUAAAUGCGAAGAAAUAUUUAAGUGGUUCAAAAGUAUUAUAUAAGUUUAGAAUAGGCAUUAUGUUGAAAAUGGAAUCAUUGCACUUAUCUUAAUGAUAGAUAAUGCCAAAUAUGAUGAUUUUAUAAUAUAUGCAGUAGAUAUAGUAGAGUUUUUGACAAAACAUAUAAUAUCUUUUUGUAAAAUAAACGAUCAUUUUUUAGACAGAGUUAUAAUUUUAAUUUAAAAAAUAUUAUCUAUUAAAGGGAUGAUAUAUAUUUUAUUUUAAAGUCUUUUUUAAUUUCUUAACAAGUAAAAUUUAUCUGAAUAAUAAUAUUUCGAUUCAUAUUUUAAAAUAUGGGAAUUAAUGUAAAAUUUUCUAGAUUCUAAAGAAUGCCUUAGUUAUUUAUUAAAAUAUGGUUUCUUAAAUAUAAUAAAAUAAUAAAUAAAUUAUUUCCAAGACGAAUAAUUAUUCUAUAAAGAAUUUAUUAUUAUUAAUUUAAAUGAAAAAAAUGAAAAUAACGAAAAAUCACAAGCCUAAUUUAAAAUAAUAAUUUAUAGAUUAAAACUACUUUCCCUAUUAUUAAGUUGUAUCGAUUAAAUUUUCCAAAAAGAGCUUAUUAUUUCGAAUUCUACAAAUGUAAAAUAUAAACUAAUUUAUUCUAAAGAAAAAAAUAUUAGCACAGAUGAUAAAACUAAUAGAUUUAUAUAUAUUUAAUUCCAAUAUGUAUAUGAAAUAAUGUCUAAAAUAUAAAAUUACCCAUCAUUAUAUUAAGAAUCUUCUACCCAAAAUAUACUUAUAGUUUGUGAAUUACUAUUUAAUAUGUCUAAAGUAUUAACAAGAGCGUAAAAAAAAAACAAACAAACAAAAUUUUUUUUUUAUUAAAUUAUAAAACUAUAAAAAGAUAAGAUGGAAUAUGUACUCAUAUAUUGA